AUAGCCUAGCAUUGGCAGAGAGGCCAAGUGUCUGUUCACAAUCUAUUAAAUAAAUUUAGAGCUUACGUUCCACGAUGAAAGUUUGUGUUUUAUUGGCCCUAUGUACAUUCUCAAAUGUAAGAAGUAUUCAUACAUUUACUAAUUCUACUAAUAAACAUCACGAUGAAGAGUCUAGUUUGUCUCUUCGAGAUAUUUUACCUAUCAAACCCAAGUUGUACGACAAGAACCGCGCUCCUAAGUACCAAGGGCAACCCACUGUUGUUUAUUUUCACGUAACCGUGUUGUCACUUGACUCCAUUAAUGAAGAAUCUAUGACUUAUGUAACAGACAUAUUCCUGGCACAAAGCUGGCAAGAUCCGCGCUUACGUUUCCCAGAGAACAUGAGUGAAGAAUAUAGGAUUUUAGACGUCGAUUGGCUGCACAGCAUUUGGAGACCGGAUUGUUUUUUCAAAAACGCGAAAAGUGUCACUUUUCACGAAAUGACAAUUCCAAACCAUUAUCUAUGGUUGUACCAUGACAAAACAUUGCUGUACAUGUCCAAGUUAACCCUCGUAUUAUCUUGCGCCAUGAAAUUUGAGUCGUAUCCCCAUGAUACGCAAAUAUGUUCCAUGAUGAUAGAGAGCUUGUCGCAUACUGAUCACGACUUGGUUUUUAUAUGGAACGUAACUAAUCCGUUGGUAGUAAACCCUGAUAUUGAACUUCCUCAGCUCGACAUCUCGAAUAAUUACACAGCCGACUGCACAAUCGAAUAUUCAACGGGUAACUUCACGUGCUUGGCGAUUGUUUUUAAUUUACGACGUAGACUGGGCUAUCAUCUAUUUCACACUUACAUACCGUCAGCUUUAAUAGUUGUUAUGUCUUGGAUAUCGUUCUGGAUUAAACCGGAAGCAAUACCGGCGAGAGUGACGCUGGGCGUAACUUCCCUAUUGACUUUAGCUACGCAGAACACACAAUCUCAGCAGUCUCUUCCUCCCGUUUCCUACGUAAAAGCUAUCGAUGUCUGGAUGUCGAGUUGUUCCGUUUUUGUAUUUUUGUCGCUGAUGGAAUUUGCAGUCGUAAAUAACUAUAUGGGGCCUGUGGCAACGAAGGCAAUGAAAGGCUACUCAGAUGAGGACAUAAACUCGGAGACUAAUAAUUUUCGAGCAGUGGAACGUCCUUGUUUCGAAAGUCAGACACAAUACGAUACGUUUUGUCAUAGUCGAAGUACGGCAAUUUGUAUUGAUCAGUUUUCCAGAUUUUUUUUUCCUUUUUCAUUUUUUAUUUUAAAUGUUGUAUAUUGGUGCACAUUCCUUUGACGGAAGCCAUCGCACAUGUAUUAUUGUUGAUCAAUAAAGAAAUCAAAUGUUACGCGGUA